AUGGCCUACUCUCUUUUUCACGUGUUCGCUGUUACCUUCCUCCUCUCUCUCUUCCUGCUCGCAGGCGCCCGCCCAACAAAUCCGGCCUCCUCCGACAUCCGGCCCGCCACCGCCGCUCCCUCUAGUCCCCCCGCCCCCGCACCCAAUGCCUCCUCAUAUAACCCCGACUCCGCAAUUGGUAACUGCUUCCCCGCUCUCGGAUUCAGACCACCCGUCAAUGUGCCUUCCAGCCUCGACAAUUGGUGGUGCGAUGAUACGACCGAAUACGCAUUCAUGGGGUUCUCGUACGAGGUCACUGCCUGCCAGAGCCCUGCCCAGCUCCAGAAAGAGUUCUCGGACAUCCGCAACCACUUCAAGAGUCGCUACGUUCGUUUGUACGGCGCUUGCGACAACGACGGUUUCUACGACGAUAUCGUAGAAGCGGCCUGGAACAACGGCCUCGGCGUCCACGCGCUCGUCUGGUUCGGCUUCACGGGCGGCGACCAGUGGGUGACGCGCCGCAACAACCUCGUGCACUCGAUCUUCAGCAACCCCAAGGCGCCGUUCGUCACGCGUGGCGUGCAGAUGGGCUCGGAGCCGCUGUACGAUUCCGUGCUCACGCCAGACCAGCUCGCGAACCAGGUGACGAUGCUCAAGGCGCAGCUGAAGCACUUUGGCAUCCCCGUGACGGUAUCGGAGCUCGCAUACGGGUAUCAGAAGGACGGUGGGGCGCAGAACGUGCUCGACGCGGAGGAUUAUCUGAAUAUACACAUGCUCCCGUUCUUCUCCCAGAACGCGAGCACGUCGAAUAAGGCGUGGCCGCUCGUCUUGAACGAUCUCGAUUUUUUCAUCCAGAACGGGAAUGGGAAGAAGAUGUACUUUGACGAGAACGGGUGGCCGUCAGUGACGAGCCCGAGUGUGCAGCCCAACAGCCCUAAUGCGGUCGCGAAUGUAGACAACGAAGCUGGCUACUUCCAGCUCUUAAAUAACCACUGCGAGGACCUGAAGAAUCAAGUCCAGGGCGGUGUCGGAUGGUUCGCACACAUUUACUCUGACAAUCAGGAGCCCGGAUACGGCAUCUAUGAUACGCACGGGCGCAUGAAGUUCCCCUUCCAACCUCGGACGACGUGCUGA